AUGAAUAAUCCUAAUAUCAGAAAGCGCCGGCCUUACGGCCAUGGGGAUCCCCCGGUGGUGUCUAUACCCCAGGAUCCCUCUUACUCGCUUUCUGCCUCUGCCGUUUCAUCUCACCCGGAGCACUUCUCCGCUCACGAUCUACAAAUACUCCAGCAGGCGGCAUCUAUCUUAAAUUGCCCCGUCCCUGAAUUGCUGGACCUUUAUAAUAGAGCUCCUCAUCCUCAGCAGUAUCCGCUCUCUUCUGCCCCAUAUCCCGUUUCAACCAAGAGGCCACGUCUUAGCGCAGAUAUGAUAUUGGCAUCCCCUCAGGAGAAGUCUUCGCCGCCUACGCCAUCCGCCCAAGACGGCUCUGAGCGGCAGCAUGCUCCUGAAUUAUCCAACAGUGGAUUCUCCAUAGGCAUAGACCGUUCUCGUCUCACGCAGUACUUCACUAACUUCUCUGUCUGCUCACCGUGCACAACUUGCGAACCCCAAGUCUACGGUUCAAUUCCAGCCAGCUCGCCCUACGCUUACGCUUCGGGGCGUCAGUAUUUUGAUGACAGGCCAUCAUCUCCCGGCUCGGUGCCUGGGACUGUGUCUCCAGACCAGCCGAAUGUUUUUACUUCUAAUGCUCCCUCCACAGCCCCACCGAUGAUGCCCAAUUACCCUAUUCUACAGCCAAAUCGGCUUAUGACUAUGCAGCCUUCUACUAGCGGUGAGGGCAUGGUGUAUCCUGAGGCCGUGCCUGGCCAGCAGUAUUUUAAUCAAUCAGAUUUCCACCAUGACGUAUCAAGCUCCAUGUCAAACAACACGAUGGAAGCUCAAUCAUAUAGUCCGCCAUUGUUGGGGCAUAAUAGUACUACUGGGAACAUCUCACCUCAAGAAGUAAAUAGAAUUAGUAUUGGUAACAAAUCCGGUGAAUUGGACAUCGUACAGCCAAAUCAACGACCUUCUGCUGCGAGGAGGGGACCAUUCAAAACGAACGACGAACGAGAGAAGACAGCUGAGACGAGGCGAAUUGGUUCUUGUAUUCGGUGCCGGAUGCAACGGAUUCGCUGUGAGAUUAACCCUACAGAUAAGCUCGGCACGUGCUUGACAUGUCUUAAAAUAAACAAUACGAAGAUUUGGCGGAUGCCUUGCCUUCGCUAUAAGAUCACAGACGUGAAGCUAUUCAAGCCCGGGAACGUGAAGGGGUACGAAUGGACUCGGAGGUGGAUAGAGGGGAUCCCUGACGAUAUAUCACAGUGGGCAUCGUCGGAAACGAAAAUAGUCAAGGUUACCGAAGGGUACACCGAACAGGCGGUCGAGCUCCGAGUGCGCCAAUUUGUUCCGCAGGAUGGAGACAAACUCGAGCGUAGUUGGGUUCACGAGGGAAAUAGGAGAAGAGUCAAAAUCCCCCCGUAUGCUAUCGUGAAUCUCGAAGAAGCGAAAAGUACCUAUACCAAUUAUAUCAGGCAAUGGCUGCCCGAAUGCUGUAAGAAGGUCGUCGGCAAGGAGAAGUUUUUACUCGCAACGUACGGCGCUGCGAUCAGAGCUUCGAGGGACCAGACUAUCGACCCCAAGGAGAGUGCGCUUCUGAGGAAGGCGUUGCAGUUGUGGAUGGCUGUCCGCUUGACCACCAAAUCAACCAUUAUUGUUGGUGACGAAACGCUAGGGAUGUCUAAAGAUAUCAUGGAUGAGACGAGUCCACUUCGAGGAUGUGUUCCCCUCCCACCUGUGAUGGGUGCACAAAUUGAGCUUGUCCUUAUCCAUCAAAUACAAUCCAGUCUUCGGCGGGAAAUGUUGGAAAACUUACAAACUAUGACACAGGCCAACAAGCAGAAGACCUGGUUCACGACAUACCUAAUUACAUUCAUCCUGCUCCACAACGUAGCUCUCCUCUGCCAACACGACGCUGGAUAUGCUCGUAAGCAUGGUAUCAAGAGCCGGUUUGCGAGAGAAGAGAUGGUGAGAGAGUAUCAAACGGGGGCGAACAUUCUGUUGGCGUAUUUUCAUUACUGCAAUAGAGGCGUAUAUCCGUUCUCUUUGGAGUGCAAGGAGCAAGACAUGUCGACAUUGGUCGACAAAGAUGAGACCAAGAUAAAGCUCAUCCAGUACACAAGGGCGCAAGCCGAAAAAUACAAAAAACACUGGGCGAAGUUGCGGCAGAGUGGCGAUUACGAGAAUGAUUUUUACUAUAUAAGUCAAUUGUACGAGGAAAACUGGAUGCCGCAGUCCACAAUUUGA